CGGAAGCGAAUCCCAGCUGUCAAGCAGAUCUUUGGAAAUCAGAGCCACAGCGCGCCGUUAGCAGCAAACAUAUCAUCAAACGACACUUAAAAAAAUGGACUCUCCACGCUGGCUGCCCCUGGAGUCCAAUCCAGAAGUCAUGACCAAGUUCGUCAGCUGUCUGGGCAUGAAGCCAUCCUGGCAGUUCGGGGACGUCUACGGGUUGGAUCCAGAGCUUCUCAGCUUGGUACCGAGACCUGUGUGCGCUGUGCUGCUCCUCUUCCCGGUAACGGAGAAGUACGAGGCGUUUAAGCAGGAAGAAGAGGAGAGGCUCAAAGGCCAGGGGCAGGGAGUCUCCCCCGACGUCUACUUCGUCAAGCAAACCAUUGGGAACGCCUGUGGGACGAUCGGCUUGAUUCACGCAGUGGCAAACAACCAGGCUCACCUGCAGUUUGAGCCUAAUUCUCCCCUCAAGAAGUUUCUUGAACAAACGGCCAAAAUGACCCCAGAGGAAAGGGCCACAUAUCUGGAAAAAGACGAGAGUAUACGUGUCACGCAUGAAUCCAGCGCACAGGAGGGCCAGACUGAGGCGCCAAGUUUAGAUGAAAAGGUCAAUCUGCAUUUUAUAGCUUUUGUGAAUGUCGGAGGACAGCUGUAUGAACUAGAUGGACGGAAGCCCUUCCCCAUCGUUCAUGGGAAAACCACAGAUGAUACGCUCCUUGAGGACGCCGUAGAGGUCUGUAAGGUUUUCAUGGCCCGCGACCCUCAGGAGGUCCGCUUUACCAUCAUCGCUCUGUCCAAAGACUCAUUCUGAGGGAGCUGCUCUUUGCUUUGUUCCCUUAGACCCCCAGAAAGCAAAGAAAAUAUUACUGCCAAACAUUCUGAAGUGCUGAAUAUGUUGUAAAACACGAUUGUUUUGUUCACAAUGUUAUAGCAAGUAAAUCCGGGAAAGUAAAAGGCAGCCAGGGACGGUAGUUAAACGACAGAAAUCAGCAUGGCUGCCUUGGAAUUUGGUUCGCUUGCUCUAUGUUUCAGGCUCAUUUAGGGAGAAAAUUUCACGUCACCUAAUUUCACCAUUUUUUAAUUUUUUUUAUUUAUUGUUUUGGGAUUGGAAUUAUUUUUGACGAUUGCUUCAAUCACGGGUUUGUUGUUGGCUGUUGAAACACAUUUUAAACUGCUUUAAUUUCUUUUUCUCAAACACUUAAAGGAUGAUGUUGCUUGAUACAUUAAUCUGUUAUGUACUGCUUUAGAAAUGACGGCUGGCAGAAGGUAACAAGCAUCUUAUCUGUACAUACAGAUGGGAGGUGCCUACAUUUUUGUAAUUAUUAGACAAUUAGUCAAAUAAAGGGCAAGUUUAAUAAGCGC